CUCGUCCUAUUCACGCGAGGGAGAGCUGCCGCCCCCUCCCCUUCCAACCUCCUGCUCCGACCCCGCAGAGGGCGCGUCCAUGGCCGGAGCGGAGGAGGAGAUCCAGGCGGAGUGCGCCAUCUCCAUCGCCACGGCCCCCCGCCUUCGUUGAGCCGCUCGUCAUCUUCCUCGUCCUUGUCUCUGAUCUGCUCCAUCUCCUCGUAAUCUUCCUUCUCUACAGCCCCUCGCCGGCGACCUCCUCCUCCACAGCCUUGCCGACGACCUCCUCUCCCGCACUCGCGCCGCUCCCUCCCGCACCUCGAGCCGCUCCAUCUCUCUCCUCCCCCCAAACCCUAACCCGCACCCGCCUCCCUGCCCCGCCGCCGCCAUCUCCUUCAUCCAGCCGGCCGCCGCCUUGGCCGGCUCGUGGUGGAAGACGGCCGCCGCCUUGGCCGGCUCGUGGUGGAAGACGGCCGCCGCCUUGGCCGGCUCGUGGUGGAAGACCUAGCAGCUGUUGUCGUGGUGGAAGACCUAGCCGCUGGCUCCGUCCGCACUCGCGCCCCCACCCUUCCUCUCCUCAUCGCGCCGCCACCAUCCCUUCUUCUUCGGCCUCUCCUCUUCCUCCCUUCCCUCACCUAGUGUUUGGUGGGUGAGCUCAGUGUCGUCUGCCAAUGGUGGACAAGGAGAUCCGGCAUGAACCACGCACAGGGAGGAGCUCGACCUCUACUGCCUAUGCAUGCCCCCAGGUGAGCUGAUUUUCUUAUUUUUAAUAAGCUUUCUGGCUGUGCUGGAGGGCAGCUUGGUCUCGGCAUCGGGCGUUUCGCAGCGUGGUUUGUCUGCUAUUUGCAGGUGCUUGUUGGUCUGGCCGGUUCAUCCUUUGAUUUGUGCCAUCUUGCUACAUCUUCGCCCUUUGCAGGUUACUUGCCGUACUCGUUUUUUCCUUCCACGGACGAUUCCGAGCGAUCUGUGCUUCGCCUCUGCUGCCGGCGGUUGUGCCAGUCAUGCUCCUCCUGUUCUUUGUGAUUUGAAAGCAACUGAUGACUCAAUAUCAAUCAGUGCAUGGAGGGAACUCUUCUCCACCAUGCCGAUGACAGGAAAGGGGAAAAUCCAGUCCGCGGUGCCACCAAUGAACAAGGUGAUGCAAAUCAAUAUCUUGCUUUGUCUAUGCUAUGAAGUGGCCUAAGCGCUAGACCACGGGGAACCAGGACCGGUUACUUUCCUGGUGACCUUAUUAUUCGGUAUGGUGCUUGCAAAUUGAUCUUUUGUUGUGUUUAUUCACUGAAGCUUGUACUGUCAAACAGAGUUGCUAUUGUAUUGAUGCCUUGGAAUGUUGUUAAAUCAAGUAAUGCAGCUGAAUUUGUCUGCUACAUGUUAAUCUUGCUCUUUGAUACUUGUUCACAAAUUGUUUACUUGAUGCUUGAUGGCAACUGCUAUUCUUACAAGACUAUCAAUCUGAGAUAUUAUCAUAACUCAGAAAAAUGAGAUGUGCACAUAUGUUUAUAUUUUGAUUUACUAAUGGUUUCCUUGAUGUGGAUGUUUUCUUGCAUUAUCUGAUUUCUAAUCUGCAGUAGAUAUGACACAAGUUUAUCAUUUCUCAUUGUAUGGAGUGAACCGAGGCAGCAACUAGCUGGACGUGGAAGUGUUGUUCCUGAAGGAGAAGUGUGAGGUUGUGCUUGAGAAGAUCUCCAGGCUGGAGGAGAUGGCUUCUCUAUUCAUUUAUUUUCUCCCUGAAGGUAAGUACAGUGUGCAAUACACUAUCUUUUGGAGGAUAACAAAAACCAACUUCAGUACUCUCUUAAGACAACCAUGUGUAUUAUGCACGGAUGUCCGCUAAGUAUUUUGGGAAGGGAAUGAACAACUCUUUCAGAAUAACAAACAAGUGCUACAAUAUAAGGAACAAGUACGUACAUAUUAUAUUUUUUUCACCUUGAAGAGCACAUUACAUUACGAGUUGAAACGAUUUGUGUUGUUUAUAUUGAAGAAGCAUCAUGAAGGUGAUGUAGAUGUUUUUUUAAAUAAUCUGAUAUCUUUUGUUUUAAAUCACAUAGCACAAAGGUAUUCUGCUAGCUAUAUAAAAAUAGUAAUAUUAGAACUAGACGUAUAUUCUUUUUAGCUAUGCCCUAAAUAAGUGUCUCGACUUUGUACUAAAGUUGAGACACUUAUUUUGGGAUGGAGGAAGUGCAUUAUUAUAGUAGUUGUAAAUACUAAAUAGAAACCUUUCAAGUCUUACAUUUUUUCCAAACUGUUCAUCGUAUGAGACAUAACAAAAAGCAUUUGAUCCAUUGAUGUGCAAUACCAGACUCUAUACUAACUUAUUUUUUUGGUCAACAAAAUUAAACCUGUCAAUAAUCAAUCUACUCUGUAAAAAUGAAGGCUUGCAACUAUUAUAUGACAACAAUGUUGUUUUUGGUACCUUCUCCUUCAGUUAUGUGCAAUUUGUGUUCGAUUCCAAUUUGCUGGUUUACAAAUCUUAUAUAUUUGUAUCUUUGUCAAAUGAAGUAUAAGCUGCUAUGUAACAUUAAAAAAACUCUGUUUAUCCA